CUUUGCUCGUAGAUUCUCUGAAGGAUAGAAAAGUCGCAGUUCUCAGUGGGCGUUAGUACCGUCUCUCCGUUAGCGUCCGUAACGUGAUUUAUUCACGUUUAUGUCAGUGUUUGAGUGCGGUUCAGAAGCGACGGAGAUUCUGCAGAACAGAAUAAUAUAAAUUAUCUCCAUAUAGAUCAGCUUUAUUAAUUCAGAUUCUACACAGCUCUACAACAACGUGCAGAACAUGCUUUUGUUCUUUCUAUUCUUAUUGUUAGUGGACGGUGUGUCUGGUGCAGAGACGGAUGAAACCGUGAUGGAGGGAGAUUCUGUCACUCUACACACUGAUAUUACUGAAAUACAAAACGAUGAUACGAUACUGUGGCUGUUUGGACCUAGAGACUCUGUCAUAUCUCAAAUAGCAAGAAAGGCAGAUUUGACUUCAUUUUUUGUCACUGAUGAUGCUGGAUUCAGAGGCAGAUUGCAGGUGGACCAAAAGACUGGAUCUCUGACCAUCAGAAACACCAGAAUCAGACACUCAGGACGAUAUAAACUAACCGUCUCUAGAGAAAAGACUACGACGAAAAUAUUUAAUGUUACUGUCUUUGCGAUGGCUGGUGGGGCGGAUGGAGUGAAGUCAGAGUCAGUGAUGGAGGGAAAGUCUGUCACUCUACAGAAUAAUGUUGAAGUCCAGAGAGAUGAUCUAAUAGUGUGGAGGUUUGGAGAUAAAGGCAUCCUCCUGGCUAAAAUCGAUCUGGAAACUAAAGAGAUCUCAUUAAACGAUGCUGAUGAGAGAUUCAGAGACAGACUGCAGCUGAAUCAGAAUGGCUCUCUGAUUAUCAAGAAGACCAAAACCGAACACACUGGACUUUAUGAGCUACAGAUCCGAGGCCGUGAAAGCGAUCAGCGUUUCCUUCUUUCUGUGACUGCUGUUGCAGGUCCACAUCUGUCUCCAGGUGUUUUAGCAGGGAUUGUUGUUGCUGCUCUGCUUGUGGCGGCAGUUCUGGUUUCUGUUGUGAUUUACUAUCGCCGCAAGAUCUCUAAACUAAAAAAAUAUAUGGAUGCUGAGACAGCGUACGAGGGAGAAUCUUUUACGCUACACACUGGUCUUAAUAAACUACAUAAUGAUGAUGAGAUACAGUGGUAUUAUCAGGAGGAUAAGAAUGAUAAUCUUUUAGCUCAUAGCCAAGGAAAGAGCAAUAAUAAUUUCCUGGAGGGUGCUGAUGGGAGAUUCAGAGACAAACUGAAAUGGGGUGAGAAUGGAGAUCUCAUCAUCACAGACAUCAGAACCAUUCACUCUGGACUCUAUAUACUAAAGAUCAACGGCAAGAGAAGAAACAAACGCAAGAAAAUCACUGUUUCUGUGGAAGGUGAGUUUAUCAAGUCCUGA